CCUUUAAACGUUUUCCAACACCUCUACCGGCGGCGUCACUUGCACUUUUUCGCUGAAAUUAAGAAAAAUUACAAUUUUCUUGAUAAAAAUACGUGAAAAGAAAAGCAACUAAAGUAAAAUGGCAGCAGCUAUUGAUGGUGUUUUCCCCAGCACAUUGCAAGAGCUGGUGAAGAAGUCCAAGGUACUGGUUGUGGGAGCCGGUGGAAUCGGUUGCGAGGUGCUGAAAAACCUUGUACUGAGUGGCUUCUCAGAUAUCGAAAUUAUCGAUUUGGACACCAUUGACUUAAGCAACUUGAACCGACAGUUCCUCUUCCAUCGCGAGCACGUUGGCAAAUCCAAGGCGCGAGUGGCGAGGGAAAGUGCUUUAAGUUUUAAUCCUGAUGCGAAGAUAAUCGCUUAUCAUGACAGCGUAACAUCUACCGAUUAUGGCGUCAAUUUCUUUAAAAAGUUCGAUGUGGUGCUCAGUGCCUUGGACAACAGGGCGGCUAGAAACCAUGUAAAUCGCAUGUGUCUAAAUGCGGAUGUUCCUCUAAUAGAGAGCGGCACAGCCGGCUACAACGGCCAGGUGGAGCUGAUAAAACGGGGACUCACCCAGUGCUAUGAGUGCACCCCAAAGGCAAAACAGCGCAGCUUUCCCGGUUGCACUAUCCGCAAUACGCCCUCCGAACCGAUUCACUGCAUCGUUUGGGCGAAACAUCUUUUUAAUCAACUCUUCGGGGAAUCUUUGGAAGAUGAGGAUAUUUCUCCUGAUGCCGCUGAUCCCGAUGCCAAGGAGAAAGGUGAAGCCGGCGGCGAUACUGGUCCCAAAACUGAUGGCAAAGAUACAGAAAAUAACGAAGAGUCAAAGGAAGAAAAGGAGGCCAAGGAGGAUACGGCCAAUGGAAAUGUGGUACGAAUCAACACUCGAGAGUGGGCCAAAGACUGUAACUACGAUGCCGGCAAGCUUUUCAAUAAGUUUUUCAACGAGGACAUUACGUACUUGUUGCGCAUGUCGAAUCUCUGGAAGACGCGCAAGGCUCCUGUCCCCGUGCAGUGGGACACACUUCUGUCCGAGGGCUCUUCCGGCGACCAAAAGGACGUCGCUAAGCAGCACCACAAGGUCUGGAGCAUCGAGGAGUGUGCUCACGUUUUUGCCCAGUCUUUAAAGGAGUUGAGCGCCAACUUCCUGAAACUCGAGGGAGAUGAUACGCUGGCUUGGGAUAAAGAUGAUCAGCCGGCUAUGGAUUUCGUGGCCGCCUGCGCCAACGUGCGGUCCCACAUCUUCAACAUUGAGCGGAAGUCGCGGUUCGAGAUCAAGUCGAUGGCGGGCAACAUUAUACCAGCUAUUGCCACCACCAAUGCGAUUACAGCUGGUAUUUCGGUAAUGCGAGCUUUUAAAGUUCUGGAGGCUAAAUUGGACCAGUGUAAAGCAGUCUACGCCCGACUGAGGCCGAAUGCCCGCAAUCACUUCCUUGUGCCUGAUGCCUUGCUUCCUGGGCCCAAUCCCAAUUGCUAUGUGUGCGCCCGCGAUCCGGCCAUUACACUCAAGAUCGAUACAAAACGCAUCCGCAUACGGGAGCUGCGGGACGAGGUUCUGGUGAAGACACUUAACAUGCUGAAUCCGGAUGUUACUGUGCAGAGCAAUGGCUCCAUACUGAUCUCCUCGGAGGAAGGCGAAACUGAAGACAACGAGGGCAAGCUCCUAAGCGAGCUGAACAUCGUCGAUGGCGUGAUCCUCAAAUGCGACGACUUUUUCCAGAACUACGAGUUGAGUAUCAUAAUCUCACACUUUGACGCAGAGAGGGAUCAGCCCUUGUUCGAAGUGGUUGCCGAUGCUUCACAGCUGAAGCCUAAGGAGGAGCAGAAAAAGGAAGCUGAAGAAGAGAGAAAGGAUGAACCAAAAACCGCCAAGAAACGGUCUGCCAACGGAGGAGACUCAAAGGACGAGGGUCCCUCCACCUCAAAGCGUUCCCGCCCCACUGAGGUGGAUGAGGACGAUGACGAUGACUGUCUGGUUAUCGAAGAGGAUGAGGAUGUUGCGGAAGUCGUUGCCGUUGCCACAAACAAACUCACCGUGCAGAGCCCGCCAAAGUCAGGCACCAAGCGCAAGCCAAGCGAGGUGAUCGAGGAUGAGGACAUCACGGAAAUCCUAGAUUCCUCCGACGAAGAGCCUGCGGGACCCACAAAAAGCAAGCGCUCUCGUCUGGACGAGUCGCUGACGAAUCCCGUAGAAGUUAUUAGCAUCGAUUAAUCAUGUAAGAUGAAAAGCUCUGAACAAGAUCGACGCUGCACACUAAUAUAUCUCCUGGAUUCCUUCUAAUGAAUAGCAAUUCGCUGAACUCAUUCUUUUUUUUUUAAGAAUCAUAAUAAACAUUCAAUGUUCUUUAAAUAUAAAA